AUGUCGAAUGCGCCAGCUCUCCCCGAGCAACUCAUCUAUCUCAUCAUACGCUUCACAGCCUCAGUACCGGACCUCCCGCUCUCAAUAAAUACCCCACGAACAAUCGCGACCCUCUCCCUCAAACAGCUCAUCCGCCAACACCUCCCCUCCGAACAUGCCUCGGCGCGCCUACGCCUCAUCUACGCGGGCAAAGUCCUCGCAGACACGGAGCCAUUAUCGAAAUCCCUACGAUUACCACCCCCACCGCCUCCUCGAAACACCAAAAAUGGCGAUGCAGUGGGAAGCGGUACCGGCGAAGCCAGCAAGAGCAAAGGCAAACAACCCCUACGAGAAACGCCCGCGAUCGAAUACGGCACAACAACAGACAUACCCCCCUCCGCAAAGAAAUACUACAUCCACUGUUCCCUCGGCGACGCGCUCUCCGCCCCCGAACUCGCCAGCGAAGCCACACUCGCCCAGAACACAGAGAUAGCAUUGAAGUCGCAUUAUAACCACAACGCACGGAGACGUAGCUCGACGGCUACGACGAAUACGGCGAAUACCGUACCGCAAGCUCAGGGCUUCGAUAGGUUGCUAAGUUCGGGGUUUACCCGCGAUGAAAUCGCUUCUCUUAGGGCGACGUUUACGCAGAACCUGUCCUUCACGCAUACGCCUGACACUAUGCCCACGCCCGCACAGAUUCGUGUCUUGGAAGACAGAUGGCUGGACUCUUCGGCCAACGAUCCCUCGGCUUCGCUUACAGGUGGCGCUGCGGGGGCUGGUGGUGCUGGCACAGAUGCGGGCUGGGGCGCGGGGUUUGCGGUCGAAGAAGGCGGGUUGGACGAUAUGCUGUAUGGGUAUCUGACUGGCUUCUUUUUUCCGUUGGGAAGUCUGGUAUGGGGCUUUAGGGAGGAGGGGGUUUGGACGAGGAGGAGGCAGGUUGCUGUUGUUAUGGGGGUUGUGCUGAAUGCUGUCUUUGGGUUUAUGCGGUGGGGUGGGUAG